CUUCCAUCUUCCCUUACUCUGAAAGCCCGCGGCAGCAGUUGUCAUGGAGAUGGAGGAAGGGCCGGCGUCGGCUUACCAUACUGUUGCUAUGGAGACCCUGGUCGGACCCGCCGCUGCCACUGAGAAGAGCGAAGCGCGCUGGGAUCCCGUACAGCCGCAGCAGCUAGUUCAGCACCAAGGACAGAAGCAGCGUGCUGCAGCACCGUUCAGCAAAGGGAGCUAUUACAUCCUUAUCGUGAUCGGGGAGAUCGCGACAGAGAACCAGCUCAUAGCCAUCAGGGAGUCCAUUGAACUGGGGCUUCGCUCAUGGGAUAUCGACCUCACUUCCUGCGACUUGGACCUGCAGCUUCGUCACUUUGUGACCAGACACUCAGCACAGUUCUCAGCAGAGGUCAGAGGACAAAGGACUCUUCACCACAGAAGUGAUGUCCUAGAAACUGUCGUCUUAGUCAAUCCUUCAGAGAACACAAUUGUCUCAGAGAUCCACUCUCUGAUUAUCAACCCUGCUGGACACAAACUCCUGAUUCUGAGCGGGCAAAGUUCAGACCAGGGAGGCGAUCUUAUCUUGCAAAGUGGGGCAUUCAGCUUCCAUAACUUUUCAGAGGUCUUUGCCAAUCCUGAGGUGAGUGAGCUCCUCACCACAGCUGACCCUGAUCACCGGGCCUCUCUGACGGUGUCCUGCCAGGGGGAAGGGGACUGGAGCUCCCUGGGGCAGCAGCACCAACACUUACAGGAGUUCCUGGACUUCAGGCUGAACCCUGAUCCUGUGCUGCCUGAGAUGGAGGGCGUCUCGGAAUUCACAGAGUACAUAUCUGAAACCGUAGACGUGCCUUCCCCCUUCGAUAUGCUGGAGCCCCCCACUUCAGGGGGCUUCCUGAAGCUCUCAAAGCCUUGCUGCUACAUCUUCCCUGGAGGGAGAGGGGACUCAGCCCUCUUUGCAGUCAAUGGCUUCAACAUCCUAGUGGACGGAGGCUCAGACCGGAGGUCAUGCUUCUGGAAACUGGUCCGUCACCUGGACCGGAUCGACUCCAUCCUUUUGACGCACAUCGGAGCAGACAACCUUCCCGGGAUCAAUGGGCUCCUCCAGAGAAAGAUUGCAGAGCAGGAUGAGGAGCAGUCUCAGGGAUCAACUGCCUACAGCGACUGGAUGAAGAACCUGAUCUCUCCCGACCUGGGAGUGGUGUUCUUCAAUGUUCCUGAGAAGCUGCGGAUGCCUGAAUCCACCCUUAAAGUAAAGAGGAGCAUUGAGGAGGCUUCCCUCACUUUGCAGUAUCUUAGCAAGCUGGGAAUCAAGCCUGAGCCUCUGUACAGAGUGGUCAGCAACACCAUCGAUCCCAUCACGCUCUUCCACAAGAUGGGGGUUGGCAGGCUGGACAUGUAUGUCCUUAACCCAGUGAAGGAUAGCAAAGAGAUGCAGUUCCUCAUGCAAAAGUGGGCAGGAAAUAGUAAGGCCAAGACUGGCAUCAUGUUACCCAAUGGAAAGGAAGGAGAGAUCUCUGUUCCAUACCUGACGUCAGUCACGGCCCUAGUGGUCUGGCUCCCUGCCAGCCCCACAGAAAAGAUUGUGCGGGUGCUAUUUCCUGGGAAUGCCCCUCAGAACAAAAUCCUAGAAGGACUAGAGAAGUUAAAGCACUUGGACUUUUUAAGGUACCCAGUGGCAACCCAGAAGGACAUUUCUUCUGGUGUGCCACCUCCUGUGUUGAAACAGACCAAAAUGAAGCAAAGGACAGACAGUAAGGAGAGUCUAAAGUCAUCACCAAAACCACAACCGGCAGCAAAGGCAGUUAAAAAGGAAGUAGAGGCACAGGAGGAGAUACCAGCAGAAACAAAAAGUGAGCCAUUGAAGGAGAACAAACUUGAGAAAAAAGAAGAGAAGAAAGUGAAGGAAGUGAAGGAAGCCAAGCCAGCAAAAGCUAAAACAGAGUCUGCAGAGACAGCGAAACAGGAAAAGAAAAAACUCUUAAAAGAAAAGUCAAUCAAAAAGCACACCAAGGUGUUCAAGAUGGAUGAAAAGAAAGACAAAGAAAAGAAAGAGAUCAAGAGGGAGAAGCGGGAAGUGAAGAAGGAGGAAGCUGCCAAAAAAGAGGAGAAAAAAGAAUUGAAGCCAAAGGAAGACAAAAAGAAAGAAGCCACCAAGCCAGAGUUGAAGAAGAUCACCAAACCAGACUUGAAGUCAUUCACUCCUGAAGUUAGGAAGACCCUUCACAAGGCCAAAAUGCCUGGGAAACCUAAGACAGACAAAACCAAAUCCAAAACAGCCAAGGAAGCUGGGCAACAGCCUGUAGCCCCUGGGGCAGCAGAACUAGAAGCUCUGGUGGCACCACCUGAAGCACAAGAGCCCAUUCCUCCAUCCCUGGAUGUGGAGGACAGAUCCAUUGUAUCAUCUCCAGAAGACCUAACUAAGGAUUUCGAGGAGCUGAAACAAGAAGAGGUGGCAAACCCAGAACUGGAAGCAGAACCACUGCAUGAAACUGUGGUAACUGAACCUCCCGCAGAGGACACAAUUAUUCCCAGCCCUUACCAGGAGGAAGAAGCAGAGGAAAGGAUUAUUUCCCAGACUCUGAUGGACACUAAGCACGAACCACUGGAGUCUCCUGAUGAGGGAAUAACCACUACAGAUGCAGAGGCUGAAUCCCCACAUGAGGACAGGCAGGUCUCCCAGGCCAAAGAGGUAGAAGAGCCAAUAACUGGGGAAAAAUUUGAGGAUGAAGGAGCAGAAAUGGAAGAGGAAGAGGAGACAGAGGAGGAGGAGGAUAGAGAGAAGCAAGUGAAGAAAGAGUUGGAUGAAGGGGAUGAGGACAUGGGAAUGGGAGAAGAGGAGGAUGAAGAGAAAUGGAAAGAAAGGAUGGAGGAAGAGAAAUGUGAAAAAGAGAGGGUGGACAAAAAGCAUGAAGAGGAAGAGAAGUGUGAAAAGUACAUUGAGAAGAUAGAAAAGCAAGGGAAGGAAGAAACAAAAGGACUUGAACAGGCAGAGGAGGAAGAAGAAGAGGUGGUGGAAAAAGCUGAGCUGGAGGAAGCAGAAGUUGUUGAUGUCACUGGCGAGGAUGUACAAGUAAAAGCUGAAGAGGGGGGACUAGUUAAAAAGGAUGAAGAAACACAAAAAAUUGAAGAGAAAUUCCUUGGCCUAGUAGAAGAUGACCCAUACUUAUCUAACAUGGUGGCAGCAACAGCUGCUGUCAUGGCAGCUGCACAGGGUGCCACAGCGGCUGAAAAUAUAUCCUACAUCCAAGACGAAACAAUCCCUGGUUAUUCUGAAACAGAGCAGACUAUUUCUGAUGAAGAAAUUCAUGAGGAAACAGAGGAUAGGAUACCACAUCUCCGCUACGAGGUUGGUGCCUAUGACAUCUCUGUGCCUGACGUGACAGGCUCUUUUGACGCUAUUCAUGGCAUAGGGGGGAUAAAGGCAGCAGCUAUGUCUGACACCUCUGAUUUGGCAGCCAAGGGCUACGUAGGCAUUCAGGACCCAGCAUUAGCCAUCUACUCAACCAACAUCAUUGCUGCCCCAUUGGCAGAAGAGGAACACAUUUCCUCAGCCACUUCCAUCACUGAAUGUGAUAAGCUGUCCUCCUUUGCCACCUCUAUGGCUGAAGAUCAAUCAGUAGCGUCUGUGACUGCACCACGAACAGAGGAGACUGGGAAGAGCUCUUUGCUUCUUGACACUGUCAACAGCAUUCCAUCUUCCACCUAUACUGAGGCCACCCAGGGUAGGGACUACCUACCUUCAGCCGGGACCAUCUCCCCUACCUCCUCCCUGGAGGAGGACAAGUACUUUAAGUCUCCUCCAUCUGAAGAGUUUCAGCCCAUAGUGGCAGAAGGAGACACAGUGGGGAGGGUGAUACAGGCACCUGAAGAGGAGGAUGAAGAGGAAGAUGAAGAAUAUGAGGAUCAAACUCCCAAUGUUGAAAUGCCGAUUGGAAAAAUCCAAGAAGGCUAUAGUUCUCCACAGAUGUCCCAGGAAAUGGAAAGGGAUUUGGAAAAGCCUCUCCAUUCAUCUGUGGCACAGGCCACUGCAGCAGAAGUUCAGCUAGUCGAGGAUGAAGUCCAGACUGUUUCUCCUCUCUCAAAAGAUGACGUCCCAAGGGGAACUGACAUUAAGCCCUCAUCUCCCCCUCUUUCUCACCAUGAAGAGUCUAGUUCUUUGAUGGAAGGUGAAGACAGAUGUCUCAGUCCAGAUGACAGCACUGUCAAAAUGGCCUCCCCUACACAGUCAGGUCCAAACAGUGCAGAACACACUCCUUUUCACCAAUCUCCCAUUGAGGAGAAAACAGUAACCGUUGCAGGGCAACAACAGAAAGAGAAAGGAGUUCUCCAGCAGACAACCACAGAGUCAGUCUCUGCUAAAGAAGAGAAGGAAGAGAAGAGAGAAGAAAAGGAAGAGAAACCAGAGCUGGGCUUGGCAGUUGCAAUGCCAGACACAGACAAACCUAUGAAUAUGCUUGAACAGGAGGCCAGCACAACCAAGCCAAGUCCUCCUAGUCCUUUACCUAAAGACCUACCCAUCUCUCCAGAGCCAAUGAAAGAGGUUGAUGAAGCCGAUUUGAAGGAGCUGGCUUUUGCCAAGAGUGAGGUCUGUGAGGCUGGCAUAAGCAAGACAAGCUCCACAAUCCCUUGUCUCCAAAGCCUACCCACGUCUACAGAGCCCCAAAAAGAGAGAGAAGAAACUAGCACGAUGGAUUUGUCGCCUGCCAAGCCAAGCCCCCCGUGUACAUUACCAGAAGACCUACUUAGCUCUCCAGAGCCUAUGGUCUUGGAGAAAGAGCAGGUGAAGCCUGUUAGUUCAAAAGAAAUGUCAUCGACAGCAGUAAAAGAGGUGUUGCCAAUAGAAGGAAAGGAGGGUUUUCUCAAGGACAUGGCCAAUGAAAAGGUUUCUUUAUCAAGAGAAGAGGAGGAGGAGGAGGAGGAGGAGGAGGAGGAGGAGGAAGAGAGAGAGGUGGAGGAGAGUACAACAUCUAAAUAUAUGGAUGAAAAAGAAAGUGGGUUCAUGCAGGAGGAGUAUACUUGUGAGACUAAAUCACUCAAGGAAGAGAAGAUGGUGGAGCUUCAUGCUUCCAUAGCUUCAAAGACAUUGCCAGAGAAAGAGAAUGAAAAGGAAAAAGCUGCAGAGAAGGACUUUGAAUCUUCCUUCUUUGAACCUGAACAGUCGAAGCUGGAAGAAAAGCAGGAACAGGAAGCCCACAUCAAGGUUAUUUACUCUGAUGAAGAAGAUGAAGAAGACAAUGAGGAGGAAGAGUAUGCAAUAUGCAUGGGCGGAGCGGGGUCUAGGCCAUUGUCUCUUGAGCCAAGCAAAAUGGACCUUUCCUCUCCUGAGAUCUCCUCCACCCCCACAUCCCACAAGGCAGAGAGUAGUAUGCUUUUGGCCACAUCCAGCUAUGGAGCAGAUUUUUCUCUCACUGAGCUCCAAACACCACCUUUAUCUGGACCAAAAGACGAGGUAACUUAUCUGCUAGGCAGUGAAAUUUCUCCUGAACCCAUGAGAAAAACUGACACUGCCAAGCCGGUGGAAAUUGUAACAGCUCCUCCUUGUGCUGGCAGCCCUCCAAGCACCUCCACCAGCCCCCUUCCAUCCAGCCUCGAAAAACCAUUUUCUGAGCCAACAAUUGUUGGCAAAGAGGACAAGAGCAGUAGCAGUGAGGGCCCUUCUCCAGUAGAGACAACAAUGCCUCCUCUCAUUCCUGGCAACGCUGAAGAAGUUGACUUAUCACCCACGGAUCCCUUGGGGAAGACACAAAUAUAUUUACAAGAAGAAGAGAAAAUAGAGGUGAAAAAAUAUGAAAAGGAGGCAAAACGAGAAAAGGAGGGAGAGAGGGAGGCAGUAUCACCAGGACUGCCCCCUUCCUCCACCUUCUUCCUUUUGGAGAGAGAGGAAGUAGCAAAGAUCUGCCAAGACAAAAAAGAUUGUAUUGAAACUGUGGGCAUGCAGUCUCCCAAGGAACAAGAAAAGGAAGAAAUAUCCAAAUAUUCUCCAGAAGAAAAAACUAUGGCUAAAGAGGACGAAGAAGAAAAGGAGCAAGAUCAUUUCAUUGUUGAACGAGAUGUUGCUAACAUUGAUGACGACAAGGUGGCUUCAAUGCAGGUGCCUGCUGUGGGCCCAGGCUCCCCCAGGGAGGAAUUGGAAGAUGCUUUCUCCAAGCAGGAGGAAGAAGUGUCAUUCAGCCGGGUGGAUUACCACCCCGAUGCUUAUGCAGGACCUCAUAGGAGUGUACAUUUUGGUCUUUAUGACAUGGAGAGUGAAGAGAGGGAAAAAGGACAGGAGGAGAACGAGAGAGAAGAAAGAGAGCUGACUCCUUACCCAGACGACAAGAGUUUUACUUACACAGAAAUCUAUGACAACAAGCAAGUGCCUGUCAUGGAGCCUUUUUCUUACAUCCCAACUCAUCAGCAAGAGCAGCAACACGCCGAUUAUUUGGAAAAAGAGCAGACAUGGGAACAAGAGAAACUCACAGAGACAGAGAAAAAAGGCACCGCUUCCUCAUCUCUUACAGGCUCAUCUGGGGUCGAGGAGCCUGGAAUGUCUGCCAAGGAAGAGGACUCACAUUUGGACACGGCAGGUGAAAAAGAACAAUCUUCACCAACAUGGACUGAAACAAAACUGGAUGCUAAAGUUACCACCACUACAAUAGAAUUUGAUGAUUCUCCAGAGAAACAGGCCACAGAGAAAGAGAAGAAGGAAAAAGAAAACGAGACAGCUGAACAAGAGAAGGAGAAAGUGCUAUCCCCAGAGGCUGACAAACCUGAGCCACCCCAGUCUCCUUCUUGUCAUUUGUCUCCAGAAGAAAAGGAUCUAUUUUCUCAUAGUGCCCAGCCAGAGGAUAAAGACAGCCAGGCUAGCACUGCAUCUUACACUGAACCCAACUUGCAGAACCUGGAUGACAACAUCCUGGCAUCCAGCGCUGAAUAUUCUACCAAAAGCAGUGCUGCUGCUGGCAAACCAAUGAUGAGCUAUUUUGAGGAGGGAGCCCUAGAAAGGGGAGAUACAAGGACGCUGAUGGAAGAGGAAGAUGACGCAGAGGAGGAGGAUGAAGAAGAGGUGGAGGAAGGGGAGGAAGAGGAGAGUGCCAGUGACUCUGAUCUAGAAAAGGGUGCCAAGGAGAAAUCCGAGAAGGAAUCCAAAGGUGACUCCUGCUCUUAUGAGAGUUUCUCAGAGCAAGACACUUAUUCCAAAAUCCCAGAGAAGAAAGAGGAGGAAAAGAAAAAGGAUGGCUUGCCUUUGGAACCUGAAUGCAGCUUGGAAACUCAGGGAAAGCUAUCCACUUCUCCGUCCUCCAUUUUUGAGCCUUUCAGCAGUGGAAGCCAGAAGUCAGAGGCAGAUGAAUUCCUACAAAAGACAGAAAGUAGCACUAGUAGCACAAGUAGCAUGUCUGCCCUGUACACAGGCAGUUACACAGAGAUCGGAAAAACAGAUACAAAAGGGUUUUCUUCUGGGUUUGAGUAUUCCUACUGUGGAGAUGAUAAGGAUUCUUUCCUGACAGAGCAAUCUCAAGGAAAAGAACAGAAAGACACAAGUCCUGACAGUGACCAUCAAGAAUUCACCCAGCACCCAAAGCCCAGUGAAGAGACAUACUUCCACAGCGAGAAAGAUCUUGAAUUUGAGAGGCAGAAAACUCCUGACCUGUUGAGUAAAAAAGGGGAAGAUCUCUUCUCCUCUUCUGGCUUUGAUUACACAACCACAUCUGCCACUUCAUAUUCCUCUUCCUCUUCUUUUAGUUAUUCAUCCUCAACUUCUACCUCCCUCUCUGCUUGCCAGCAAUUUGGCAAGGAAAUUGAUACCCCUGCCACCAGCUUCACCACACCCAAACAGGAUUUGGACAAUGCUCGCUUUGAAUACUCCUCUUUCAAGGAGGAGAAAUCCCCAAUUACAGGAGCACCUUUCUCUAGUGGAGUAGGAAGCAUGGUUAAAGAUGAGUAUCUGGAGGUUUCUGAGAAGUUAACUACGGCCACCACAAAAGCUGAAUCAUCAUCAGGCCUCACCCGAUUCUCCCCUCUGAGUCCCUUUGAAGAGGUGAAGCCCUUCCCUCCAGUUUGUGCUGCAUCAACUGAAGACAAGAAGGACCAAGGAAGCAUGCCAGAUGUCACGGCACAGGAGGAGCAGCACCAGGAAAGCUUCCACAAGUCUGAAUGGGCUGAUGAGCCAGUGUUAGGUUUAAGUUCAACAAUAUCUGAACCUUACUCCCACUUGUCUCACUCUGCUGAAAAGGAUUCCGUAGCACGAAGCCUGUUUGAUGUCUCUCCUUUGCUCCCAGCUGAUUCCACAACUAAGGAGUCUCAAGGGGCAGAAGAGUCGUAUUUGUGUGAGAUGGAGGACAACACCUUGCCUUGCCGCCUUGAAUGCCAAAGAUCACCCCCAGCCACCUCAACAGAGCAGAAAGCUGGAGAAGAGACCCAUUCUGAGAAACAGGCCACGGUGGUCCCAACAACCUCCUUCACCUCCAGCACAACCAGCUCCCUCCCUGAUGUCCUGACAUCAUUCCCCUCCCCAUCACAGCCAGCAGUGCAGGCAACUUCAGCCACGUCAAAUGGGCCCACAGAGGUAAGCAUGAGCCCUCCAGGGGCACCAUAUGGAACUACAGAAAUGCCCUGCAGUGGAGCAGCAACAACAGCGUCAACUGAGACAGAAAAGAAGGAACAGGAAAAGGACAAGGAAGAUGAAAAGGAAAAGGAGAAGAGCAGCACCUUGGAAUGGGAGCCACAGCAACAGCAGAAGGGAAUGUUUCCUGCUGUUUCCCCUCCACAUUCACGUGAGGAGGAAGAAGAAGACGAAGAAAAGGAGCUUGAACGUCCUGUCCGUCCUCUUUCCCUGGCCUCUUCUGACCAAACCUUCCACUCGUCCUACUACUCCGAAACAUCAAGCAGACCAGGAGAGGACUCUAAGCAGCCUCCUCAGGACUUGUGUCUGGGAGCCUCCUCCUUCUCUCCUUCUGCGACUGCCGGCUAUUCCUCCUGUGAAUACCAACAUCGCAAAGGGGAGAUUUCCCCAUCCUUUAUCAACCCCAGCCCACACCGACUCUCCAGUGAGGAGGAAGAAGAGGAGGAUGACCAAUCACAGGAUGGCGAUGACAACCAACAGCAGACGUCGUCAGUCAAAAGGCGGUCCCACCGACAGCAACCCCACCCUAGUCACCCUGGGGACAACAAUGGGGGCCAAUCACAUCACCUCCCAGGUGCCAUGGCUGCUGGCUUGGGGGCAGCAGGCGAGGAGACUCCACCCACUUCUGUCAGCGAAUCUCUGCCCUCACAGUCUGACUCUGAUGUGCCCCCUGAAACAGAGGAGUGUCCUUCAAUCACUGCAGAUGGCAAUAUGGAUUCUGAUGAAGAUGCAGAGUUUCUUCCAGUGGACAAAUCGGCAGCUGCAGCAGGGGGCGGCAAUCACCACACUUCCUCUUCUAGGUCUGAAAGAAGCCAUGACCCCCCUCCUUUCCCCCUGAUGGACCCUUUCCCGCAUCCCCCACACCCUGACGUCUGUAUGGUGGACCCGGAGGUGCUGUCUAACGACCAGAACCUGGCGGCCCGGACCGACAAGAUGCUCAAGAAAGACAUGAAGCCAAACAAAGGCAUGAGGAAGCCGCUCGGCAAGCCCAAAUCAGCCUCCCCAGGCCGCAAGGGACCUCCCGGGGGAAAGAAGUCACCCACUCCUGCCAAGCAGCCCCAAACUACCAAAGACUCCACCGAGAAGUCUCCCAAGUCUUCCUCCAUCCGGAAGAAAGAAGGCGAUAAGACAUCUAAACCGAUGCACACAUCUGAAGUGCAGGGAUCCCGCGGAGAGGAUAGGGACGAGCUCUCCAGAUCAAGCCAGGGACACAACCCUGGAAGGGGCCUGGUCAAUGGAGUCAAAAGCAACACAGGCUCCAGCUCUCAGAAGUCGAGUUCAGGGGUCCCCCCUGGCCCCCCAAUAUAUGUGGACCUCGCCUACAUCCCCAACCACUGCAGUGCCAAGAACGUGGACCAGGAGUUCUUCAAGCGUGUGCGAGCUGCUUACUAUGUGGUGAGCGGGAACGACAUGGGGAGCGGGGAGCCCAGCCGAGGAGUUUUGGACGGGCUACUCGAAGGCAAGGCCCAGUGGGGCAACAACAUGCAGGUGACCCUGAUCCCAACCCACGACACAGAGGUGACCCGGGAGUGGUACCAGCAGACCCACGAGAAGCAGCAGGAGCUGAACAUCAUGGUCCUGGCGAGCAGCAGCACUGUAGUGAUGCAGGAUGAGUCCUUCCCUGCCUGCAAGAUCGAGUUCUGAGCCCUGCGGAUCAUCCCUCUCUGUGUCUCCGUCUCCCCCCUCCGGACCACCCGCCAGACCCCAGCUAGGACUGCACGCCAGCUUUCUGCAGCACACACCACUCUCCCAACCGGAUACCCUCUGCCUGCGAGGAGGAAGCUUGCUAUUUUAACAGCAACUUCCCCUUAUGACUGAACCGUUAUUUAUUAAGGACACGCGAGACCCAUAAUCAAAGCUCCUCUGCAAAUACACAGACAGUGACACACACACCCUACACAGUGAGAGCCUGACACACCCAUUGCAUAAGGGUUUGCACAUUCUUCAAUAUUUAUGCAUGAAAAAAGGCAGAUUUGUGCAUUAUAUAUUUACUGUACUAUUUGUAACUCCACAGACUCACUAUAUUUAAAAGUCAGAUCCAAGAGAUAGAUGGGUCUAUUACUGAUGUAUAUUUAAGACAGUUAUAAAAGGGUUGGCUGGACACAUGCGUUUCAUGUAGAGGGUUGCACCAAACCCAAUCUCCCAACUCAACAUUGGACAUUUAAUUAAGCACAAAUAUUCCACAUGUUAUCGGACCAGACGUUGGACAGCAUCAAUAUUUCAUGCCAUUCGGUCAGACAAGUCUUUGUCACAGAUAUGUUUGGAAGCAGCCCUUCCCUGGAGCUGUGUGUCUCCAAGUAACCUUUCACUGACCCCAGGGUUUAGGUAACUAUGUUUCGGGCAGAGGCUGGAGGCUGGCUUCAUCUGCAAGCACACAUUGUGUUUAAUAUUAGCUUUGUUUUAUUAGCUUCUUGCACACUUACCAAUAACUAAACACCUGGCACCCAAAAUGACUGUCUAUGAAGCAACAUAGCUAAGGUGAGUUAAAACUGAAGUCCUACCCAGUUCAUAGCUUUUGCAUAGCAAAGACACUAAUAACUUUUACCCAAGUUCGAUCAUCCUUGAUUCUGAAUGCUGGGCUGUAUUACAGAGUAAGGCAUGACUCAGGGCAGUUGUUGGAAUAUGAAUACGUCUCUGAGCCCUUCUGACUGUCUGACUGCUGCUUCCACAGUCAUGGACACAAUAACUCUCACGCCAUCCCUCUUCUGUCAAUCUCUGUCAAACAGACACUCGCUAUCCUCAGACAGUGUCUCCACCGAUCAUGCUACAGCAGAAGUAAGAUAAUACUCAUCAUAAUAAUAGCAAACCAUUCUAAUUCUGAUUUAAGUUAUGUUUGACUCCGGAUGGACUAAAAGCUGUAUGGCAGCUUAUGCUGCAAAGUAACACAUUUUAAAACUUUCAUAGUCUAGUCUUAUGUAUUGCAUUUAACAAAACAUAUACCAGUGUGUAUAUAUAUAUAUAUAUAUAUAUAUAUAUAUAUAUAUAUAUAUAUAUAUAUAUAUAUAUACACUCUUCAGUAAACUUUAGGUAACUUAUUAACUAAUUUACACAAAGUGCGUGUAUAGCUGCUCUUACUAAUUAUCUACUGAAAAUAGAAAAAUGAAAUAAGCAACAUUUUUUAACCUCUGCCUCAGUAGUUCAAAAAACAGUCUGGUUGUGUACUCUGUGCAAGUUAAGGACUGAGCUUUUUAAAAUCCUGAGCUUUUCAAGCUUCUGGGGAAAUUAAUGAAGGGAAUGCAGUUAUAUUGCCAGUAUAGCAGAUGUAGCAAAAGUAUAGGUCUGUGUGGUGGUGAUGCGCUCCAGCCUCAUGCAAAGCAGGGCUGUGUGGUUGCACCAGGUGUGCAGAUGAUAUAUGGUGAGUCCUGGCAGAGAGCACACUUGUAAUAUCUUACCACAGUGAGAAGCGUAACCACAGCGCUGCACUGCUUGCUGUAUGGUUUGAAUUUCGAGGGCUAGAGUUUCUGUCUGGUCCUUCUCGCCGACGCUAGGCAAGCAGGACUAAAAGGGACAGCAGUGAGGGGGACAAGAUCAGAAAGAGUGGCGCAGCUUCCCGCGUCUGGAGUCAAAAAGGGCUUGGCAUCCUUGCUACACCAAGAUAUCCCUUUUCAAAGCGAGAGUGCUGACUCUUCACUGUGUUGGUACACUGCUUUCCCUACUCAAUGAAAGGUACUAUUUGCAGAACUGAGACAAAAUGGAACUUGUCAUGAAGUUGUGAGUACCGUUAGUGGAAAGCUGUGUUUCACCAGCGAACACCUUUACAGAGACCAGACCGAUAUGCUUUGCAAAAGGAAGUUCGUUUUCAUCGAGUGGCAGCAGUGGAGAAGUUGAGGUGCAUGGACAGGGAAGGGCAUGCGGUAUCUCAGCUCUCUCAGGGGUAGAGGCUGACUAGUGUGAACCCCUGAACCCCACAAGCUGGGAUUUUUAUUUCUGCAGCCUUAGCUUGUAGAUGGGUUUAUCACAGCAGUAUAUAUUUUAUUGAAAUAUUUUAUUUUGCAGUCUUAAGGUUUUUGAUCAUUUAUUGUGUUUUUGUUGUAAAAGAUGCUUAUUGUUGACAGUAUUAUGUAAAGUUUUUUUUUUUUUUGUAUUGUUUUAUCUUUUUAAAAUGUUCAAGCACAGCACUAACCAGUGGUUACUGUUCAUUAUCUGUCUACAUUUCCCCAGCUGGUUUCUUUUGCAUUGAGGCGUUUGAGAGCAAUGUGUGCAUAAGUGGAAUAAAAAAAGUGCUCUUUUAAAUAUUUUUAUGAAAUUAUUGUUUCUGUUUUAAAUGCUGCAUACUUUUUAGGGAACAAAAGAUUGUUAGGGAAUCAGGAGUGGCCGAGGCUUUGACACAGUCUGUCUGCAUGUUAGCCAGGAGACCUGGGUUAACAUCCUGCUCCUUUAUCAGAAAGCACCUGGGGUCUUUACUAACCACUACCAGACAGGGGCUCCAAAUGCUCCCAUCCACAAGCUUAUCAGACCCAACCCCUGCACAGCUUCUGAGAACCCACUGGUCUUGUAUCACUGCAGCAGGUCUGAUCAGGGGAGGAGAUCCAAUUCAUUAUCUAGUUCCCUGUGCAAACAUACAGUACUGGCCCUUGUAUGCAUGUAAUUAAUACGCAUUAAGUUAGUGGUUAGCUGUGUAAUGACUUUAACAAAGCUUUGGUGUACAAUAUUUUGAGAUAAAAAUUAGGAGCUGUCUAGGGUGCUUCUGUGUAUUUCCAGAUAUUUAUUUUUAAUAGUUCUAAGUUGUACGCGAAAUUGUGCAUAUGGAAUAGCUAACCACAUACAGAAAUGCGCUGCGAGGGGGAGGGGCCUAGGGACUGAGAGCAAGAUAGUUGUCAUGGAGACCAGGAGGAGAUCCUUUGGGCCUGCCUGUGAUGUUUUAUCCUUUACAAUUUAAAUUCUGGCCUCUGCAAGACUCCGUACCCAUUUAAUGAACACAGAAGAGGCUGUAUUGUUUCUGAAGCCUUUUCUGAUUGUUUUGACAGUUUCAAUUUCUCUUUUAUCUCCCCCCCCCCAAAAGGUCAGAGUAGUUUUUUAUUCUCUAGUUUUUAUUCUAGAGAGGAGUGUUUUGUUCCCAUGUAGGCAGCAAGCUAGAUAUCCUCACCACCUGUUCUUAUCGAUGGACGCUCAGAAACCUUAGGUGGGACACAUCUGUCAGUCAGUUCCUAAAUAAAAACAAACAAACAAAAACUAGCCUAGUUUCAGAAGCGAAUGCACUAACUUGAAUAACGUCCUUGAAUGUCUCUGUAGAGGUUUUAACUCUAAAAGCUGCUGUGACUAAAUAAA